CUUUUUUUCUUAGCUAAGAUGGCAGAGGGAGACAAGAAGCCUGCUAAGAGGAGGCAUGGGAGCCGGAACCCGGUUCUGGCUCGGGGUAUCCAGCGGUACUCCCGCUCCGUCAUGUAUGCUAGACGGGCCAUGUACAAGAGGAAGACUAAAACCACUGAGACCAAGGUGGAGAAAAAGCUGAAGGUGAAGCCCCAGGCUACUGUUGUCAAGACUGUAGGAGGAGACAAAAAUGGAGGCACCCGUGUUGUCAAACUGCGCAAGAUGCCCCGUUACUACCCUACAGAGGAUGUUCCCCGCAAACUGAAGAGCCAUGGGAAGAAGCCUUUCAGCCAGCAUAAGAGGAAUCUGCGUGCCUCAAUCACCCCAGGAACGGUCCUCAUUCUACUCACUGGUCGCCACCGUGGAAAGCGUGUGGUUUUCCUGAAGCAGCUCUCCAGUGGUCUGCUGCUUGUCACUGGCCCUCUUGCUUUGAACAGAGUCCCCCUGCGCAGGGCUCACCAGAAGUUUGUCAUUGCCACCAAGACCAAAGUUGACAUCACUGGCAUGAAGAUCCCCAAAACUCUGAAUGAUGCUUACUUCAAGAAGAAGAGGCUGAGGAGGCCCCGUCACCAGGAAGGCGAGAUCUUCGAUACAGAGAAAGAGAAAUACCAGCUGACAGAGCAGAGGAAAGAGGACCAGAAGGCAGUUGAUGCUCAGCUCUUGCCGCUCAUUAAGAAAAUGCCUCAGCUGAAAGGGUACCUGCGCUCUACCUUUUCCCUGUCAAAUGGCGUCUACCCACACAAGCUGGUUUUCUAAAUGUAUUGUAAUAAAGAGUACCACCACCUGA